CCAUUGCACGCGCACUGCCAUCAGCUUCCAAAAGCUCUUCCCGGCGUUUCGAACGUUCCGCUCCCCCGCCCGCCUGCCAUGCCUCUCCCCAGUGGCAACGGCGAGCCCCCUCCGCCUCCCGCGCCGCUCCCCUCGCUCAUCAAGCUCGGUCGCGCCGUCUCCGCGCACCACGUCGACCGUCUCCUGGCCGCGCUCCUCCGCCGCCGCAAGCACCGCCUCGUCGCCGCGCUCGCCUCUGCUCACCAACGCCGUCGCCCCCACCCCGCGCACACACCUCCUCGCUGCCUCCGCGCUGCUCGACUCCGCACGCCGGCGCGAAGCGGCACAGCGCCUCGCGCUCGCCUCCUGCACAGCCAGCCACCGCCUCUGGGACGCGCUGCUCCGCCCGGGCCUGCGCCGGGCGCGACGAUCCGCGCCACGCGCUGGAGCUGCUCUCCACUGCCGUCGAGGAUCACGGCGCUGUGCUGUCCCCGUCCACGUACCGCAUGGUGGUGGUGGGCUUGUGUGCCCGCGGGGAGGUCGAUGGCGCGCUCAAGGUGUUCGAUGUAAUGACCGCGAGGGGGUGUCAGGUGGACGAUCGCGUUUGCAGCUCGAUCGUUGCCAGGUUCUCCAGGGCCGGGAAGGCUGGGACGGGGUUGGAGUUCUAUGAGAGGAUGAGGAGCGAGUUCAGUGGGUUUGAGCCAGGCCUGGUGACGUUGACAGCGGUGGUCCAUGCGCUUGGGUUAGAGGGGAGAAUAGGUGAGAUGGUAGAGCUGGUGCGGGAGAUGGAGUGCAAGGGCAUGUAUGCUGAUGCUGUGCUUUACAGCAGCAUGGUUCAUGGAUACACGAGUCAUGGGUUCUUGAUGGAAGGGCUUUGGGAGCAUCGGUCAAUGUUAGAUAAGGGCAUAGCAGCCGACGUGGUUAACUACACUACUGUUAUUGAUGUACUGUGCAGAGAAGGUAGUGUGGAGAGAGUAAUGGGGUUCUUGGAUGAGAUGGAGAGACAGGAUGCUACGCCAAAUUUGAUUACUUAUACAUCACUUGUGGGUGGUUUCUGCAAGAGGAACAGAUUGGAAGAUGCUUUCUCUAUUGUGAGGAAACUGGAACAAACAAGCGUAGUGGUGGACGAGUAUGUAUAUUCGAUUUUGAUUGACAAUUUGUGCAAAAAUGGAGAUUUGGAUAGGGCUUUCUCUUUGCUCGAGGAGAUGGAGAAUAAGGGGGUAAAGGCUGGCAUUGUAAGAUACAACACUGUAAUAAAUGGUCUAUAUAAGGCUGGCGACACUGAAAAGGUCGUCAAAAUCUUUGAAGGUGUUGUUGCUGAUAACUUCACAUAUAGCACACUAUUGCACAGUUACAUGAACAGAGAUGAUGCAACUGGUGUUAUGGCAAUAAGGGGCAGACUUGAGAGCAGUGGGAUUUCCAUGGAUGUUGUAACAUGCAACGUCCUUGUCAAAGCGUUGUUUAUGAUUAACAAAGUUGAUGAUGCCUGGAGCUUGUUUCAUAAAAUGCCUGAGAUGGGCUUAAGACCUAAUACUAUCACCUACCAUACAAUCAUAGAUAUGACGUGUAAACAUGAGAAAAUUGACAAGGCACUGGAGUUGUUUGACGAAUACAAGAAAGAUUCAUCAUUGUCCAGUAUAGUUGUUCACGAUUGCCUGAUUAGAGCACUAUGUAAUAAAGAGAAGUUGACAUGACUGACCAAAUAUUUCAUGAUCUUGUUCAGAAAAAUUUAAGGUCCGAUUCCUGUAACUGCAGGAAGUUGAUUCAUGCGCAUUUCAAAGAACACGGUGAACAUGGAGUGCUGGAUUUCAUUUGUAAGGUUGGUGAAUUAGAUAUUGGCUUAUUUUCAUCUGUUUGCAAUUAUGCUUCUGCUUUCUUAAGCAGCAUGGAUUGUUGUCAAGCAGCAAUGGAUGCUUAUAAGUUACUUAGGAUGCAAGCUGUUCCUGUAACUAGUAAAACAUGCUAUGAGCUACUCAAGAGUUUACACUGAAAUGGAAGUGAAGAGGUCAUACAACCAUUGUUAUGUGACUUCAUUAAGAUUCAUGGCCUACACAAACCUAGAAUGAUUGAUAUGCUGUCUUGUCAUCUCAGCAAGAGAAGUGUUAGUGAAGCUAUUUUGGUUUUCCAGUACCAUGGAUAAUGGCAGUGUUCCUGUCAGUGUUCUGAGAGGGGCUGUCUAUGUUCUAAAGAAGCAGGGCGAAGUUCUGGAUGCAUGUAACUUUUGAAGGAAGCUCAAAAAAGUGGGUUUUCAGGAGAUCUAGCCAUGCACUCCAUAGUGGUGGAUGGCCUUUGUAAAGCUGGAUAUCUUGGAAAAGCAUCAGACCUCUGUGAAACCAUGAAAAAGAGGGGCUUCGUCCAAACAUUGUCAUCCAUAACUCAGUUAUCAAUGGUUUGUGCCAGCAAGGAUGCCUUACUGAAGCAUUCAGGCUCUUUGACUACUUAGAAAGCAGCAAGAUGCUUCCCACAAUGAUCACUUAUGCCAUACUUAUAGGUGCUUUGUGCAGAGAAGGUUUGUUGGACGAUGCAUAUCAGUUGUUUCAGAAAAUGUCCAACAAGGGUAUGAGACCCACAACCCAUGUUUACAACUUGCUGAUAAGUGGUUAUUGUAAUUUUGGAUUAACUGAAAAAGCUCUUGAGAUUAUGUCUCAUUUGGAGGAACUCUUUCUACUCCCAGAUUGUUUCAUACUUGGUGCCAUUAUCAGUGGACUCUGUCUGAAAGGUGAUACUGAAGCUGCAUUAGGCUUCUUCAUUGAAUACCAUUAUAAGGGCAUAGUACCUGAUUUUGUUGGUUUCAUGAGCCUGGUAAAAGGACUGUAUGCAAAGGAAGGACGGAAGAAUCCAGGGGCAUCUUGAGGGAGAUGUUUCGGCGCAAAGAAGUCAUGGAGUUAAUAAACAGUGUUGGAGAUGAGAUUUAAGCAGAGUCUCUUGUUGGCCUCCAUCUUUUGCAUGUGAUCAAGGGAGGACCGAUGAGACUGUGACCAUCCUAAAUAAAGUGGGACUCAUGUUUUUAUCCUCUGCUGAUUUGAGCAGUUUUAAUGCGAUUGCACACCUCAAGAAGCUGCAUAAAGCUGAGGAUGCUUGUGAUUUCAUGACAGAUUCAGAACAAGUUUUAAGUCCAGUUGCUUAUGAUGCUUCCAACCAUAGUCUUCAUAGGAGUUCUGAGGGCAUGGUUCAACUUCAACCCAUAAAAGAUGUAGAUGAUAGUUUGUCGAAAUCAAGUGAUGAUGCUGAUAUUGACUACCGAAAUCUGCUUGGGAAGUCUUUUUAUGAUGACUUUGACCAUAUUAUGCUGCUAUUGCUUCACUUUGCUCAAAAGGGGAGGUGCUUAAGGCCAACAAGGCAAUUGAAGCAAUGAUUUAGAAUUCUGACACCAAACCAAAGGAGGACUCUGACUGUCCACAGGCUCCAUCAGUUGAGAGGGCGUCUGCUGGUUGACACAUGGUGUGUUUCCUGUUCGAUGAACUUAACUGGCAUUUAUAUUCUUCUAGACAACUACCACCCCUCCACGAUGGAACCAUUGAACAACAAGAAAUACGGAAAAGAGAAAGCCCAUAUAGCAGCAGGAUCUGCAGAUACUGGUUCUGUAUAUACAUGAAAGCUGAAGCUGUGCCAUGUCUUCCUUACAUAUCUUCCUGUUGAAACCUCUGAAAUAGCACCUAUAUAUACGAAAUGGGUACAAUCAGGUGACAAAUGCCAAAGUAAACAAGGCUGGAGUGCUAGAGAAACUCUUGAAGAAUAGGUGGACAUGUACUAUGAGUUAAUUGAGUUCAGAUUUGGAAGUCAAAAUUUGGUAAGUCAAAUAAGCAGUUCUAGCAACCAAAUGAACUCAUAUUAUAUAUUGAAUUAUUAAUAAAUACACAUUUUACAAUGUGAUUACAUAAAAACACAAAUUAUCAAACAACCUUGAUAAAUAACAGCCAUGCUUGCUUAUUUAAACAAAAUAUGUCACCGACAUCACAUACAGUUCAGCACAUAAAGAAACCUCAAUGCCCUCAGUGGUUGUUGUUGAGCCUCCUACAGUUCUUCCUGAUCUCACCCUGUGACCCGGUCAGUGGUGAGAUGUUGCCCAUAUUCACCAUCGACUGUGCAAAGUGCUGGAAGAAGAGAUUGACAUCAGCAGCAUAUGCCUUUACGAGUGCUGCUGUCUCAGCGCUCUUGGUUAGAAGGACCUCGUCAGAGCUGAGAAGGCCCUUGCCGACCAGGAGGUUCUUGAAGUAAAAGUUGUCGAACUUGGCUGGGGUGACGAAGUCCAAGGGGAAGAGGUUGUUGUCACCGCCAGAGCGGGGGCACCCCUGCCUGAGCUGCGCCGCGUAGGACACGUCCAGCGUGCUGUCAGCCAUGCCAUUGCCCGUCUGGUUGUACAGCCUCUGCCGGAAGCUGGUGCACCGAGACAUACCUAUGGUGUGACCACCUGUAUGCACGUGGUGCAUCCAUGUUGUGCAGUGUUAUGUAUACCUCAAGUUGGUAAAUAACGAAGGACGGAAGAAAUCAUGAAAUGCCACGAGGAGUUACCGGAGAGAGCGACGACAUCGACAACAUUGAGGCCAUGGCGCUUGAACUUGGUGAUGAUGGUGGGGAGGGUGUUGUUGGGGGCUGGGAUGUCGUUGUUGGAGCCCUGUAUGCUUGCCCCCAGCGAGUCCCUCCGGCCGAGCGGCACGUCCCAGUAUGGGCCACCAACCUGCAGAAGUGCUGGUGCUGGUACUUACGAGCACGGUGGAGUCCCGGGCGGCGAGGGCGAGGAUGUCGGCGCAGGAGACGGUGCCGGGGCAGGCGGCCUCGAGGGUAGCCUUGAUCUGGUCGACCACCUCAAAUCCCCUGAGGGAGUUCAUGUUGGGAUUGGACCCUUUCUCACUGACUAUGCUGCUGCUGUUGUCCAGCAGCACGGAUGCAUCGCACCCCUACACACGGAACGAUGUUGGAAAAGGUUGGUAGUUAGAUUAGGCACAUGGAAACAGUUUAGAGAUUAGGCACGUGCAUUGAAUGAGGGAUGGCAAACAUUGCAUGGAGACCUUCAAUCAUUGUACAUUAGAAUUAAGUAAACUUCUUCUCGUUCAAAAAAAGGAAAAAAAAAAAAACAAACAGAAUUAA